AUGAAAGCCUCACAGAAAGGGUCCAAGCUUAAGCCCAAGGGAAGUGCUGUGCAAUUAAUGGUCCAGCUGGUCUCUAAGCUCACGGACGUCACUGACGAUGCCGUAAAGUGUAUGGUCGCAAAAGGUUUGAUGGAAGUGUUGGACAGCCAUGUAGACCUGGAAGAGGGAUCUUCAACAGCUUCAACUGUCUCAACAGCUGACAUCUCAGGGCUUGAAGGCACACAGUGGAUUCUUGCGCAGAUGAAGGAGGAUAGAUUGUUCCUGGCUGGUGAGAUAGAAAGGAAUGCUCUGGAAAUAAGAAUGGAGAUUCAAGCAAUAGGUGUCUGGACUGCAACCCUGGAGGUGAAGGCAGAGGCAGCAGCCAAAGCACAAAACUCAUUGCUGUCACAGAGUCAUGAGUGGGGGACAUGA